GAGCAAAUCAGAUGAAUCUGUCUUGGUUUUCAGUUCAAAUGAUUACCUUUUUUCCAACUUGUAAUGUUUAACUUAUAUUUUGUAUUUAAUUUUAAUCAUUAGUUAUCAAACGGUAACUCUGUAACUCGACUAAAUUAGUGAUUGUUGUCAAUAAUUUGAAAAUAUAAUUAACCUUGAUUACAUCUAUACAUCAAUAAAAACCAGAGUUAACAGCAAGAGAGAAAAAAAACCUCAACAGUUUACAUGUGUGUUUCUGUGUGAGUGUCUUUACAUAGUGCAUCAACAUCAUCAUCAUCCAACAUCAUUACCAUCAUUUUGAUUUGACCAAAGGAUAAACUCUUUUUUUCUACAUUGAUUUUUUUCUCUCUCUCUCUUCUCUACUCAAUUUGUUUAUUUAUGUCCAUUUGUUGUUACUUUUUUUCUUUUUGUUGACUCUAGACUUUCGCUUUUUCUUCUUCUCUUUUCAAACUUCCUUUUUUUACUCUCUCAUUUCCUAGAGUAGAAUUUUUUUCUCUCAUUAUUUUAGUUUAUGUAAUCAACUCUCAUUAAUAUUAUACCUUGAGGUUUACCUUCGUCUUUUGUCUCUCUUUAAUCAAUCAAAUCGAUAUCAUUUGAUUACUGUCAUCACCAUCAACUUAUUGUUUUCUCGUGUCUACCGUGCUAUUUUGAUUUGGAUUUACAACAAAACCUUACAAUUUUUGGAUUGUACUUGUGCUUCUUUCCUUUCCCAUUCUCCCUUUUUCUAUCUUGGCCUCUCUUUCUUGUUUCUUUUGCUCACUCUAUGAUGUGUUCAUCAUUGAUUUUACGCUGACGAGGUUUUCAUGAUUUACCAGUGAUAAUGUCUAUGAUUCCCAUUAAAGAUGGAAAAUAAUCUUGUGUAUUUUUGUUCCAAUAAUCUUAAUAAUUUAUUAUUUAUUGUGCAUAUUUUACCGUGAAACAAACCAAAACCAAGAGAUUAAUCAAAAUUUUUCAGUGUCACCACAAAAGUUAAAUAAAUAAAACAAAAUGUAUCCUGCUCGACAUGCUGGACCACCUCAACCCGGCCAAGGUGGAUUCAAAUUUUCAGUUAAUGAAACCUGUGAUCGUAUUAAAGAUGAAUUUGCAUACCUGCAAAAUCAAUAUCAUACACUUAAAUUGGAAUUAGAAAAGUUGGCAACUGAAAAGACGGACAUGCAGCGUCAUUAUGUUAUGUAUUAUGAAAUGUCGUACGGAUUAAAUGUGGAGAUGCACAAGCAAACCGAGAUAGCCAAACGUUUGAAUGCCAUAAUUGGUCAAAUAUUGCCUUUUCUUAACGCUGAACACCAACAGCAAGUGGCCCAAGCCGCCGAUAGAGCCAAACAAGUUACUAUGCCUGAAUUAAACGCAAUCAUUGGUCAACAACACACCGGAAUAACUCAUUUAAUGCAGCAAUUGCAUGCACAACAACAAAUACCUGCAGCAGCAGCAGCAGCAGCGGCAGCAGCAGUCGGUCACGGUCCACAUGGUUCAUCGAUACCAAUGAUGGCACAUCCAGCCUUGGCUGCUGGUCUACAACCACCUCCACUCGCCUUACCACCCAACUCAGCGGCAGCCGGACUUUUGGCUCUCUCUGGUGGUUCAGCUGCUUCUGCAGCGGCCGCCUCUUCGGGCAAUGCAGUUACUCUGUCAUCCAUUUCAACGGCUUCAUCACCCGUUUCAGGAAAAGAUUCAUCUUCAAAUCGCGAAAUGAAUGACAUUAAAAAUCGUUCUGGUAACCAUUUAGAUGAUAGAUCAAGAAACAAUUAUUCACCUCAUGUUGACUGUGAUCGUAACCGUCAUCGAAGUCGCUCACCAGAACCAGAUAGUAAACAUAAAAAAAGAAGAGACCAUGACCACAAAUUAGAUCAUGCCAGUGAAGAUGAACGAAGUGACCAAGAUUUAGUGGUGGAUGUCGCUAACGAGGAGCCAGUUUCACCGCAUAAUGGGGAGUCUUCACCUCGUGAGAACGGAACAGACACUUCGAGGAUAAAACGUGAAGUUCGACCUCCCAGUCGAUCGGGUUCCUCAUCCAACAGCAGCACUCCUUUGUCAACAAAACCAAAAGACCAUUUGAAUGACAAGCCAAGUACUCCCGUUUCAAAAUCAAUUACACCCACAAGUUCUGGCUCUGGGACACCUUACAAUAAUGCCAAUAAAACUCCAAAGCCAACAACCUCCAUCGGUCCACCAUAUCCACAUAGUUAUGGCGGUCCAAUGGGUCACCCUGCAAUACCGGCUGAUUUAACAACAGCAGCGGCUGUCUACUCACAAGGAUUACUUCAUAAUAACCUGAAUCCUGGUUUAAAUUCAUUUCCUCGAGGAUUGGUUGGUUACGAUCCUCACCCAUCAUUUCGUACUCCCCUCAUUCCUAGUGGCAAAGCCGCAUACUCUUAUCUAGUUACCUCUGAUGGUAACAUAACUCCAGCUCCUUUCCCACCGGAUGCUCUCCAUGGUCCAGGUAUACCAAGACAGGCUCGUCAAAUUGAGACACUCAACCAUGGUGAAGUUGUCUGUGCUGUUACCAUAAGUAAUCCAACUAAACAUGUUUAUACUGGCGGUAAAGGAUGUGUCAAAGUAUGGGAUAUCAGUCAAUCUGGUAGUAAAACUCACAUUUCACAAUUAGAUUGUUUGGCGAGGGACAACUACAUUAGAUCUUGUAAAUUGUUGCCCGAUGGUCGAACCCUGAUUGUUGGUGGUGAAGCCAAUGCCAUUUGCAUCUGGGACUUGGGACAACAACCUAGAAUCAAAGCCGAAUUAACCUCAGCAGCACCAGCCUGUUAUGCACUAGCCAUUAGUCCAGACUCUAAAGUUUGCUUUAGCUGUUGCAGUGAUGGUAACAUUGCUGUCUGGGAUCUUCAUAAUCACGCAAUUGUCCGACAAUUCACGGGUCACACUGAUGGUGCUUCUUGUAUCGAUAUAAGUCAGACGCCUAUCAUUAACAUGGAUCCAUCAAUUAAUAAUGUCUUAUUUUCAUUCAUUAUCAUUAUCCAGGGUCGUCAACUUCAACUUCACGAUUUCUCAUCACAAAUAUUUUCACUUGGCUACUGUCCCACCGGUGACUGGUUAGCAGUUGGUAUGGAAAGCAGUAAUGUUGAAGUAAUGCAUUGCUCAAAGCUGGAAAAAUAUCAACUUCAUCUUCAUGAUAGCUGCGUUUUAUCACUUAAAUUUGCUUACUGUGGCAAAUGGUUUGUCAGCACUGGCAAAGACAACAUGUUAAAUGCCUGGAGAACACCUUAUGGAGCUUCAAUUUUCCAGUCAAGGGAACAAUCGUCUGUAUUGAGUUGCGAUAUUUCCUCGGAUGAUAAAUACAUUGUUACUGGAUCAGGAGACAAGAAAGCCACCGUCUAUGAAGUUAUUUAUUGAAACGUUUUUUGCUUCGAAAGACCUGAACAAAUGAAAAGGCCAAAAACACUUCGGGAGAGAAAAGGAUUUAGAGCGGCAAGAUUCACUUUUCUUGCUUGGUUCCCGGUUCCUGUAAACAUUUUUCAUGUUGAUCAUCAUCGCCUAUUUUGCGUUUUCCUCAUCUUUCGUCUCUAAGUCGCUGCCUGAUCUUGAUCACCUUUUCAUGCUUUUACCUGUCUAGGCGCAAAAGUCACACAAAUGUACAUCAUUUUCGUCUCUAUUAGUCUUGCUGAUGUUAAUGGUGGUGAUGAUUAUGAUGAUGGUGAUAAUGAUAAUGAUAAUGAGUCUUUUCUCACUUCUAUCAUUUCAACCACUUUUAACUAUCGCUUUGUUUCCUCUUUUUCAACUCAUCAUUUCCAUCAAAAACUCGCCAUUCACAUUUCAUCUCAUAUUUUGCGUGCAAUAAACGUCAAUUUUAAUUCUUGCACGGUUAUUUCAUCAAAAUAACUCUAAAAAUACAAAACACUAAAACGCAUGGUUCUACCAAAACAAAACAUCAACCACAACUAUAAAUACAUUAAAUUAAACUUGAAAAACCACAACAACUGCAUCUCAACAAAAAAUAAAACAUCAAGAAUCA